CAUCUCCUUUGUAUGCUGGCAAGCUUCGAGAGUCUGUGGUGUCUGUGGUGUCUGUGGCGCUGGCGGCAGGAGCUGCGCUGGAUCUGAGCCCUUGAGCUGGAGAGAGAGACAGAGUAGUUAGCUGGGGAAAUCUGGAGCAGGGAGCCAGGGCCGAAAGGGUUGUUCGGCAGCGCGCCCUCCAGGGGGCACCAGAAGUAGCUUCUAGCGGUCUCCGCAGCAGUAAGAAGACUGGUAUCAGACCCAGGCUGGCCUCACAAAGCAGAGGGAGGGAUCGCAGUGAACAGGCAGGGAAGGAAAGAGCAGGCGAACGAGUUAGAUAGAAGGAGAGAUCGCUAAGCCAAGAGCCAGAACCAGAACCGGACCUGGGGCUUGAGCCGUAGCUGCUGAGGCCAUAGUCUCUGGAACAGGUGCAGCCAAGAAGCAAGGACCCCCGCCCCACCAAGGGCUGCCCCCCAAGAUGCUUGGCAUCAUGGUGAUCUUGGCAUGGUGUUUCCUACAAGUGGACUGCCGGCAUGGGGAGGUCUUCAAUGGCCACAACAAUGGCAAUUUCUUGGACAGUGACAAAUGGCUGAGUACUGUCUCCCAGUAUGACAGGGACAAAUACUGGAACAGAUUCCAGGAUGAUGAUUAUUUCAGAAACUGGAAUCCAAGCAAGCCCUUUGACCAAGGCUCUCGUAAUAUCUCUGUUGAGGUAUUAUACAUAAUACACUUCAUUUUCCAUACGAGGCAAUUGAGCUUCAGGGAGACAUGGCUUAACCAAGGUCAUAGAGCUUCUCUAGACCCAUCCAAAGAUCCCUGCUUGAAUGUGAAGUGCAGUCUUCAUAAAGUGUGUGUAACUCAUGACUACCAGACAGCUGUGUGUGUGAGCCAAAAGCAGCUGAUGCAGAGGCAAAAGAAGGGGAACAUGGCCCACAAACACCGGACUGGAACCUCAAAUGUAGUCAAGUGCAAACCUUGCACAGCUUCAGCACACACCAGCCUUGUCUGUGGCUCUGAUGGCCACACCUACACCUCCAAGUGCAAGCUAGAAUUCCAUUCCUGUUCCUCUGGAAAAGGCUUUGUGACCCAAUGUGAAGGACCCUGCCCCUGCCUCCAAGAGCCGGAACCUCCCAAGCACAAGACAGAGAAGAACAGUUGCACGGACAAGGAGUUGAGGAAUCUUGCUUCUCGACUAAAACAUUGGUUUGGAACUCUUCAUGAAGAUGCAAAUCAUGUCAUCAAGCCCACUAUCUCAGAUCCAGCCCAAAGCAGGUUUGACACCAGCAUCCUGCCCAUUUGCAAAGACUCCCUUGGAUGGAUGUUCAACAAACUGGACAUGAACUAUGAUCUCUUGCUUGACCACUCAGAGAUCAAUGCCAUUUACCUUGACAAGUAUGAACCAUGCAUCAAGCCCCUCUUCAACUCUUGUGACUCCUUCAAAGAUGGGAAACUCUCAAACAAUGAAUGGUGCUAUUGCUUUCAGAAGCCAGGAGGUCUCCCUUGCCAGAAUGAAAUGAACAGGAUUCAGAAGCUAAACAAGGGAAAAAGCCUACUGGGAAUAUUCAUUCCCCGCUGCAAUGAUGAAGGGUUCUACAAAGCAACCCAAUGUCAUGGGAGCACAGGACAGUGCUGGUGUGUGGAUAAGUAUGGGAAUGAGCUGGCUGGCUCUAGAAAGCAAGGAGCUGUGAGUUGUGAAGAAGAGCAAGCAGAAACCUCAGGAGAUUUUGGCAGUGGUGGUGCUGUGGUCCUGCUUGAUGAUCUGGAAGAAGAACACGGAGGGGCAAGAAAGGACAAAGAUGAGAAACUGAAAAUUAAUGUAAGGGCACCAAAUGAAGAUGAUGAAGAUGAGAAUGAUGACAAGGAAGAUGAGGUCGGCUAUAUAUGGUAGUUCCCUCAGGGCAAAGGACAUAUAUUUUGCACAAUAUCACAAGUCCCUGACAUCUCAACAAUUGUAUCGAAGAUCACACAAAAUGUCUCUUCUCUACUGUUCUGUUCUGUACCCUGUGUAUAAUUUGGAAGACAACUUUUCUUCUUUCCCAAGUGCUCCAAUUUUGAGUAUGGCAAUUUUGGGGAUGAGGAUAUUUUUCUUCAGGCUGAGGGACAACUGACUUCAAUUAAACAAAGUCCCAUCCUCCUGGCUUCCUUUCUACUCUUUAGGAGGACUUCUCUCAACACUUAGUUUAUAUAGGACUUUGAGUGGGGAGGGAGCCAGAUACCUUUUGAUGAAAGAAUGAACCUUCUUUUGUUCAUUACAGCACAUUUUUUGUAGACAAGCUUGCAAUGGCUGGCUGCUUUUCUUGUGUAUUAAAGAUGAUAUGGGAAAAAUGAAAUACAUCACUGGAAUCUCCCUUCAUGCCUCUCCACUCCCCACCCCCCCCCAAAAGUCCUGUUAUCAUUUAAAAAUUCAUUCUCCUGUGCAUAGAUACUUCUGGCUUUCUAAAAACAAUGGCCUUAAUUCUGCCAAGAGCCCCUUUGGGGAGCCAUUCUCUUUGUUACAGAAUGUUUGUCAGAUGCCUCACUCUCUCUAUUUGUGUAUUACAUAUAUAUAUAUAUAUAUAUAUGUAUAUAUGUAUGCAUAUAUGUUGCACUCACACCCCUAUACAGGAAGAGAGAGUUGUUUAGAAUCAUUGGAGAAGACAGUUGAGAAGUAAUUAAAAUGCCAUCCUGUCCAGAGAACUGCUGUUUCCAGAAGGAAAAAUAUUAAAUUUGUGUAGAAACUGUUUUUGCAUUAAUAGUUGGCACUUGUAACCUGCAGGCUUAUUCAGUUUCUUCUCUCAGGCACCAGCAGGGCUGUUGAAAAUCUCUUUGAUUUUGAUAAGCCCCAGACUGCCUAAACAACUUCUCUUACAAAAGCCAUGAAAUACUUUCUCUACUCAACAUCUUAAGCUGUACAGCUCUUUCAUAUCAUCUCACAAACUUCCUUAGGCAACUGUCCUGUUUAUUGCCUCUACUUUUCUUUCAAUUCCUCCUACAGGGUUUUCCUAAGGUGUAUCUAAUGAUCUCUUUAAAAAAACAAACAAACAGUAUCACAACAUUUUAUUACAAGUCAAUUGAAGACUUUGAGUUAAGUUUUGCAUUUAACCUGUUCUUCUAACAAAGGCAAGAUAAUGUUAUACAAACAGCUUCACAUGUCUUUACCAAUGAAGACUUGUGGAACAAAGAUAUAGACUGUUCCCUGUCUUCCAAGGACCUUUGCUCUAACUCGACCCAGAAUAGGAUAAAGACCCUCAUACUCAGCAUUCUCUAGAGAAGCUUUUAAAAUAUAAGGCAAUCAAAGUAUAGCUUCUUCAAGAAUUAGUGAAGUUUGGUGGGUACUGAAAAUCUACCAGUGCCUGACCUCUAGACCCAUUGGGGAAGGAAACCAAAAUUGUUGUGUUAAAGAAAAGAGAGAAUUCUAUCCAUUCUGACCAACUUGUUCCCUAUACUUAUUCCUGUAUUAUCUUACCAUCUUGCUUGAAGAUGGAGAAUGGAAUAUUAGGAUUAAACCUAAGCAGGAUAUUAUAGCUUCUUUACUAUAAAUAUGCAGUCCACAAAAGGAUGCUCCAGGCAGUUUCUACCACAUUUAUAUCUUUUUGAAGAAAAUAGAAAUAAGAAAUAUGCUUUGUUCAGUGUCUCAACUUUCAUUUCUGCCCCUGCCCCCAGUAGUGUUGGUGAUCUUUGGAUUCCCAUCCCCAGAAGGAUCUACUCUCUGUAGGGCUUACAAUGGGUUUCAUUUACACUUUGCCAAAAAAUGAGAAAAAAAAAAGAAAAUCAAAGGACAGUAAAUCAAAAAGAAAUCAUCGUAACAUCUUCACAAAACUGGAGUGGUAAUUAAGGAGGAUAAAAAUUGAUUUGAAGAAUUGAAUUUUAAUCUCUGGUUUCCCUUUCUUGAAUACAAAUGAGCUUAGCUUAUUACUUUCCUCAUCCCAAGAUUUUUUAUGAAGUUUUAAAAUCUCCACAAGUGGGCAGAAAGAAAUUACUAAUACCACAGGCUCAUUGCAAAUCCUGCAGGAUCUUCAUCCCAUUCAGUCUUUGGAAUUGCUUUCUCUUGGUGUCUUCCAACAGGGUUGGCCAAAGGGAUUUGAAAACUCUUUAGGCAAUGUUUCCUUUCCCAACCAAAAAACUUGCCUCCAACACAGCCUUAGGCAGUUUCAUAGUCAUUCUCUUCCCCAAAUGAAAGUGGUUAUAACUAUAGUUCUGUCAGUUCAAUACCCUGCUUCAAGGAAAAUCUAAUUAGCAAAUGAAGUCAAAGGGAACCCUUUGAUGGUUUGCUUCUCCCUUCUCUUGUAGUCUAGGCCACACCAUUGCAUUCAAUCAGCUUAGUCAAAAAUGCAAUCAACCCACUAGUUUACUGGUCACUAUGAUUCAAUAGGCUAGCCUUUUUUGUUUUUCCUCUUGAAUUAAAAGAUUAAAAAAAAUUAAACUGACUAGUUAUUUUAGCACCAUGUAGUCACAACCUGAGACUGGUAGUUUCCUUUACCAAUCUCAGCAGGCUAGCCCAAGACUAUAAUAUUUAAUUUUAUAUCUAACUGAACAUAUGGACAGAACUGAUUCAGCUACUGCUGUGUGAGAACCAAGAACAGAGAAAUCAUGCAUGAUAGAAUGUAUCUUGCUGUGUGUGUCACAAAGCACAGGACCAGAGAACUUCUUUUAUGAAAUCAUAUCCAAAUUUAGUCUAAAGAGCCACUAUGCAUUAUUUCUGUAUGAAGUAGAUUUUAUUUGACCAAGUCUUUAAACUCAGAGUCUGAAAACAGCUGCACAAUUGCAGUUAAUUUACUAAAACUGUUAAUUUAAUGAAACUGUAGUAUACCCUUAAAAUUAAAAAUGCAUUAAAUCUCUCAAUCCAGACUGUAAAGGAAAGUCAUUGUUAAUAACUCCAACUAGCUCUGAAAAUGCACCAGAGAACUCAUUAAUAUUGGCACAUUGAUUUUGCUUAGAGAAACCUUUAGGAAUGUAGUGAUCUACUAAUUUUAAUUUACCUAAUUAUCUUAUGACAAGUAUCAAAUUAAGAUGACACUCAGAGCUCCUUAACAUUAACUUAAUGAUGGAUGAGAGAGUGCUGUAGAAAAUUUAUUGCAAGGUAAUGAUGCUAAAUUUUUGGAAAUGAUCUAAGAAGAUAUGUUGAUUCAUUAGAGCCUUAAAUUAAAAAAAAAACAACGUUCCUGUGUUUAGAGCAUAACUCAGAAACACUGUUCUUACUCAACUUCUUUUCCAGGGCAUUAUCCAAUUUCUGAUGAGAUUUUAUAAUCAUUUAGGUUGAAAACUAUAGUUUUCACCAUCUCCAAUUCUGAGACUUGAAGAAUUAGAGUCUGACUCCUCAUCUGAGGUGAAAGUUGGGCUUUGCCUUCUAUCAUCAGACUUUGCCCUUAGAGUUCACCACCAUGACUAGGUACCUUUGAAAACUCCUGAUAUCUAGGGAUAUUUAGAAACUUCUUGUAAGCUGUGAGGUCUUAAAUACUUAGUAUUUCUUUUUGUUAUUUCUAAUUCAAACUGAAAUCUUCAGUUUGGGAAAAAUAACUGAUGUAUUUAAUACUUCUCUUGCCUCUCCAGACCUGAUUUCAACUUCAGUAUAAGUUUCUGGCUUGGAAAUAUUUUAAUAAUGUAUUUGGAAUUUUAUAAAAUUCCUCCCUGCUUCUUCCAAUAUACCUUGGCUUCUUCCUACCAGUUCCCAGUGACAAGAAUAUGAAAUUUAUAGCUGUCUCAUCACAGGCCACCAAAUCAAUCCAUUGUAGCUUUCCCUUAACUCUUUCCCAUAAUAUCAUUCUUGUUUGUUUGAUGCAUCAACUGCACUGUACAGUAAUAUCCAAGAGACCUUUCUUUCUACAGUGGGUGGUUUGGUCUUUUUAUACUUUUUUCUCAAUGUUGCUGACAUUUGUUCCUUUCCUGUUAAAUGUAUAGUGUUGUAAGGGGAAUGUCACCCAAAUCCUGAGUGUGUCAGUUGGCUCUCCCUGAUGUAGAUGCAAUGUAGAUGAUCAUAGUAAAGUAAAUUAGCAUAGUAAAUUCUGAAUACUUAUCCAUAUAGAUUUACCUGGAAUGUGAACAUUUGGCUAACCUUGGUUAAUUGUAAAUGCUUAAUUGUAGUCCUGAAUAGUUGCAUUUCUGUCUGUCUCAAUAAAUUUGAAUUUGUCUGCCAUA